AUGAAGACUGAGAGAGACGAGUCUGCGUCUCCUCUGACAAUCGUCGAAACUACGAUGCGGCACGGAUAUCCCGAAGGCGGACUUGAAGCCUGGUUGGUGGUGUUGGGAGCAUGGUGUGCGAUGAUCCCUUCCAUGGGAUUGCUUAACUGCCUGGGUAUUCUCCAUGCAUGGACGAGUAAGCACCAGCUCCAGGACUAUUCCGAGUCCAGCAUUGGCUGGAUAUUUGGCGCGUACAGCUUCUUCUUGUAUGCUGCUGGGGCACAAACCGGACCAAUAUUGGAUACCUAUGGACCCAACUAUGUUAUUUUUCCAGGGUCAAUCGGCAUGGUUAUAGCACUGAUUGGCUUUAGUUUCAGCCAAGAAUUCUACCAGAUAUUCCUCUCAUUCAGUGUUCUUGGUGGCCUAUCUGCAUGUGCCCUCUUUAUUCCAGCCGUUUCCUGCAUUGGGCACUGGUUCAACGUGCGACGCGGAUAUGCGACCGGCAUCGCCUGCACUGCCGGGGGUAUAGGAGGAGUCAUAUUCCCCGUUAUUAUCCUUUUUGCAGCACCCAGAAUUGGCUUCCCCUGGGCAAUGCGUAUUAUUGCACUUAUCAGUGCUGUUCUUUUACUGAUAUCAUGUCUGACGCUGAAAACACGGGUCCUGAAUGAGAAAAGCGUUGGCGCAUCCGUCGACUUUCGCGCCCUGCGAGAGAAGAAAUAUGCCGCGACCACAACAGCCAUCUUCCUAGUGGAAUUCGCCGUCUUCAUACCGAUUACCUACAUCUCAUCCUAUGGGAUUCAUAUUGGGAUGGAUGACACCCUCGCAUACGCGCUAAGUAUCUUUCUCAAUCUAGGCGCUGUCCCAGGACGGUUCCUCCCGGGCUUAGUAGCAGAUCGGCUCGGAAGGUUCAACGUGAUGGUAGGAACGUCGAUCAUCUGUGCUGCGCUUACCCUGGCAUUGUGGCUUGCAUCAGGGGCGAAUAUGCCCGCAGUAAUUUGCUAUGCGGUAUUGUUCGGCUUUUGGAGCGGUGCUGCUAUCAGUCUAACCCCCGUGUGCAUUUCGCAAGUCUGUAAGACGGAGGAUCUAGGGAAGAGGAGCGGGACGACAUUUACGAUAGUCAGUGUGGGUACAUUGACGGGCAUCCCGAUUGCGGGUGCUAUCCAGCAACAGAACCAGGGGGAGUAUUGGGGCAUGAUUGUCUUCGGAGGCGUGUUGUAUGCGGCCUCCGCGGUCGCUUUUGCUGUUGCCAGGGGCAUUUGUGUGGGCUGGAAAGUGAAAUCCAAGUUCUAA